UGUCCUCGCGUUUGCCUCUGCAACAUAGUAGCUACCGGCUAUAAGGCGCACUGUUUAGAAAAAAGAUAAAAGAACCCAGCAGCACCGGCUGAGUCCUGCGCGCGAGUCGCCAAUUAAUCUUUUCUACAUCUGAAUUCCGCCGCACCCAUCGCCUCGCCGUCGCCGUCGCCGAAUUUGGGUCCUCAUCUCCACUUGGUUUAAUUCCUUACCAGUACGGUAUAAUCAAAGAUGCCCCGUAAACCGGUGAGGCAUCGGCGAUUGAUGAAGUAUCAACCUCUGACUUUUUCCCCAUUUGCUCGUCAAGUCGCUCGGGUUGCCUCCAGCUGCAUGUCCAACCGCCAAAUGCACAGGCCAGACCUCCCGAAAAAAUCUCAACCUAACUCCGCAGGUAAUGGAUCGAGAAAGAAUACUUUGAAAGUCAAGAAUGAACACUCCGAGUCUUCUGAUGAAGAAGAGUUUGAUGGAACUGUGCAAGCAGAUUUUGCUUUCUUUGAUCCAAAACCUGAUGACUUUCAUGGAGUGAAGACCUUGCUACAGACCUACCUUGAUGAUAUAGAAUGGGAUUUGAGUGGUUUUGUAGACUUAAUUUUGGAACAGACCACUGUAGGAACUGUUGUUAAAAUAGAGGAUGAUGAAGACAAUGGAAUUUUUGCUCUUGCUACUGCCCUUAACUUGGGCAGAUAUAAGGACCACAAAUGUUUUAUGGAGGUUAAGGAGUUUCUCGUUAAGGUAUCUCAAGAGAAGGAUGUAAUAGAUGACCUGCGAUCACUUUUGGGAAAGGAAGCAGAGAGUGUCGGUCUCUUGGUCUCUCAACGGGUGAUGAAUUUACCUCCACAGCUCUGGCCACCUCUUUAUGAUGCGCUCUUUGAUGAAGUCUCUUGGGCUACAGAAGAUGAGCCAACAGAGGAGCUCUGCAAUUUCUUUCGUUUUAAGUUUUAUAUAAUAGUCAGUAAAGUUUACAAGCACAAAAAUGCACACCAGAAAAAGGGCAUGAGUACUAGUGACGAGGAAAUAAUAUAUAUAAAGCCAGAAGAUGAAAUUUUUCAUGAGCUAAGCUCCUGGUCGUUUGAAUUUUCUUUGCACACUCAGCAGCUUGCAACUCAUGAGCUGAGAGACUAUCAGCAAAUGGGGUUAGUCAUGGCGGUUAAAGCAGACAAGAUCCCUGCAUUUCGACAGCAGUUAAAAUCUUUCGUAGAGAGAUCAUGAUGCUAAUCGAAAGCUGUCCGCAGGAGUUGCAGGUGCCAAAUUUUGAUUUAUAUUUGAAGGCAUGAGGACAUUCACAUGGUGAAGGUUUUGGAAGCGCUCGUUGGUCCCAAAUGGUCCCUCAAAAGAUUCAUCGAAACAGCAGAGCUAGGAAAGGUACAGAAAUAUUGUAUUGAGAAACGUGUCAUGGACCAUCAUAAGCUAUUAUCUCCCAGAUUCUAUAUGAACCAGAAAGGAAAAUAGAGAGAGUUUGAAACCAUCCAAAAGAAGUGGAACUUUACGUAUGAGGCCAAAGAAGAGCACCAUUAUCUUAUAAUAUUUGUGAUUUUAAAUUUUGUGUGGCGAUAAGAACAAUAUACAUGGAAUAUUUGCUUCAACUUGUUUGCACACAGAUAUCACAUAAUUACAUACACAAUGUAGUCGAUGCCUUAUGUCCAAAACCAGAACCCACUGCCUCUUCCUUUUCUUAUCUUUUAAUGAUGGAGAAAGCUCCAGUAAAAGUUAAUUUUAAAAAAAAAGUUCAAGUAAAAGUUGACUAGGCUAUAAUAUGAAAGCAGUCUCAUCAAAUUAUGAGUACUUGAAUGCUGGAGUUAUAGUACUAGUGCAUAUUGUAUGGUUCACAUGAAAGGAUUUCGAUCUUAUCUAAUUGUGGAAGUUGGCAAAGAAAGGGGCAGUGGAUUUGUGUUAGUGACGAUGUCAAUUUUGAUCAUGAAUGAGAGUAAUCUUUCAUGAGUAUAA